AAAAAGACAACCGUGGGAUUCAAGUGUCCAACGGGAGCAGCUUGCAGGCAUGUCUGGAGAUGUGCUAUUGAGCAGAUGUUGUUCUUUACGCUACCAAGCAGUGCCGAUGCCCCUAGUGUGGUGACAGGUGGCAGCUUCUUCUCAUGGAGCAGUAGCAAGUUCCGUUACAGUGGCCGUGUGGAGAAAGGGAGAUCCUGGAGGAUCCUGCACUACGCAGAGACGAGCCGAGCAUCACACGGAGCAGCCUCAGACGCAAGGCCAAUAGUGUGCCUGCAACCCCCUCCACACCCAUCGCCAGUGACCUUGGCUACAGUAGUCUACCAAGAUCCAACCAUUCAGCAGACUCGAGGCUGGACUCGGGGGUAGUGGUGGGGGUGGGGAGGGGGAGGGGUGGCAGACCUCAACUCUCCCUAUGCCACAGAGAACCUCCUCCCUCUCGAGACAGUCACUGAGGACCAAGAAGUCAAGCAGGAGAGUUGGUGGUAAGAGUCGUCCGUAAUUUUAAAUCCAAUCUGUCCAAUAAUUAAUUUAAUUUGCUGUCUAAACCAUCUGUUUUUAUACAUUUUUUUUUGUACUCAACCAAUAUUUAUUGUGCAAGAUAUUCCUCCCUGUUUUAUUUACAAUUCUUGCUUACAGUCUGUUCAGUACACUUAUAUUUUAAUCUUUUAAAUUCUACUCUCUCAUAAAGUCUCUCACAGCUGUGGCAAUUGAAUCCAUA